AUGACGCGAGCGGCUUCGAAUUUCGACUCCACAAGAACACUCGGACCAAAGGACCGAUUUCCAGGUGAAAAUAUUGAAGUUCGUGAAGGCAUUCGUGAGCACGAUCACCUGAAUUUUACAAAUUCCUUGCAAAGAACUACAUUGGAAAACUCGUCGACGGGAACUUUCACUGUUGUCCUGGUGAAGUCCGGAUCGCAGAAUCCACACCCUCGCUACGUUGUGUCGGCUUUA